AUGUCUACCAUCGUUCCAGAAUGGAGCGUCGUCGAUGGUGGACAGACCUUUCGCGCCUGGGAGCCUUCUUCAGCCUGCGGAACCACGCCCGUCGAAGCCCACGCAGCAGGUUGCAUCUACGAUGACGUUCUGCUCCACUGGAUGCCGACGCAAUGCUCUUCUCCCGAGCUUAUCGACGAAUUUGAGCACGUAUGGCCGUGGGAGUUCUUUGAAGACCAAAACGCCACAAGGCCGGUCGCUUUACCGCAGGUUAUGGAGGGCACGCAAGACAUCAAAUGGGUGUCUAUGGAUCUUCAUCGCUGGCAUUGCGUCGCAACAUGGAAGAUUCUCAGCAGCGCCGCACGAUGGAAAACGACAGUUCCGGCCUAUGCUAUUAACUGGAAUCACUCGACACACUGCGCCGAUCACGUGUUGAUCAACAUGCACGUCGAAGACCCGUUUGCCAUCAACUCACAUCUUGACAUCGAGUACACACCAUGUGUGACUCUAGCAGAGGAUAGGUCACUAGAGAGGGGCAUCUCGCCAGGAAGUCUUUAA